CUAAGCACUCUACCACUUUAACUUUUGUCCUAUAAAUACAGGGCCUUUCAUCAAGCUCAUCACAUUGCACUGACAAAAAAACAAGAGAGAUAAAAGGAGAGGGAGUUCUUGGAAAUGAGGCCAGCAACCAACCCAUCAGUAGGAGGUGGCGGUGCUCAUGGGGGAUUCUGGCAUUGGAAUUCACCUGUUGCUUACGUCUUUGUUGGUCUAGCACUUAUGUUGGGGCUUAUAACAGUAGCGUUGAUAAUUCUUGCUUGUUCUUAUAGAAAAUCUCUGUCCAACUCUUCAAGAAGGGAGGCUGAAUUAGAUGAAAAACCAGCAAAGCAAGUGGAAAUACAGGUUGAUUUUGAGCCGAAGGUUGUUGUUAUCAUGGCCGGGGAUGAGAAUCCUACAUACCUGGCAAAGCCUGUUUCUUGCAACUGCAAAAUCGGCGAAAAAGCUUGAAGUCUCUCUUGCAGUCUAGCUAGCAAUUUAAGUAGCUCCAAUUUUGAAACUAAAGACAGGACACCGUCUUUUUGUAGUUCUGCUCUUCAAUUUUGGCCCUUUUUUUAUGAUUCUUGCGGGAAUAUAUAUAUUAAAUGAUGAGUAUUAAUAGAUAAAUGAAGCUAUUUUUCUUGGUUCUUUCA